CCCCCAAAGCCCCCAGCCAAAGAGCGCACUGGAGGCGGAGGGGCAGCAGCCACCAGCCCGCUCCCUGCCUCCCUGACAGAGCCUCGGUCAGCAUGGGGGUGACAGGUGCCAGUGGAUUUCCCUGCUGUGGCAAGGAGUCAGUGGACAUUGUGGAUACACAGGGUAGCAAAAACCAACCCCAGUUCCAGCUGGUACAAGAGGAAGAUGAGAUCAAGCUGGAGAAAGAAUUGCUAGAACUAGAGCCUCCACACAAGGUGGGCCUGGAUCUAGAGCCAGAACUGGAGUUGGAGGUGGAGCCGAAGGCCGAGGACUCCGAGCAACUCAAGUAUAGGAUAGAGUCCCUCCAGCCCGACACGCUGCCUGACCCGCAGCCCGACACGCAGCCCGACACGCAGCCUGACACGCAGCCCGACACGCAGCCCGACACGCAGCCUGACAUCAGCCAGUGGAGCAUCAGGCCAAAUUCCAGCUACCUGAGUUCAGCAGAGGAGGACCAGGUGUCCACCAACCAUCGCUCUAUCUGUGUGCAGACCUCUAAGCACCUCUUCUGGGCAGACAAACUCAUCCAGGCCUCGGAGCACAGCCUGGAACGGAUGACUGACACUCAGCUGGGCAAGAACAAAGGCAGCCGAAGGCAGAAGACCAGGAGAUCCCUGUCAUCGGCACAGGGAGCAUACAGCCCUGUCUUCCCCCUGCCUCCAAGGCCUCCCCAGCAGCCUCGAAGACUGCCCACACAGGACCCAGGAGAGGAGCAGCCCUGCAGGAUGCAGAAGGGGAGGCCUCAGCAGCCCACUGCCCUGCCGGCCCAGAGGGAGCCAGCAUCCAUCGUGGCCACAGGGGCUGAGCAGUGCUCCCGGAGGGCCAGAGGGUUCAAGCACCUUGCAGCUACCAGCUCAGUGAAAUCAGGCUCAGGUGCAGGGUCUCAGAGCAGCUCUGCAGAUGAGAACCUGCUACCCCUGACAGCCCGGCUGCUGGCAGCGUUCCAGGAGAUCUUCAAACUGUUCAGCUCUAGCCCGACAGGCACCGUGGACAUGCGCAGCAUGAAAGCUGCCCUGCGCAAUGUGGGCAUCCAGCUGAGCCCACAGGAGAUGUGUGAGGCUCUGCAGCAGGCAGACUUGGAUGGUGACGGAACUGUAAGCUUCAAAGACUUCCUAGGUGUCCUUACUGACAGCCACCGCCUGGCUCAGUGCUUGGGCCAGGUGAGGAACAGCCGGUUCUAUGACCCUCAGGGCCUGCAAACCCUUUUCUUAGAAAUGCUGUUCAAGCUGAUGAGCCAGGGCUUCCUGCCCCACAAAGUGGUGCAGGAAGUGAUGAGCUACUACACGAAGAAGCAGCGGGCCCUGCGGCUGAACCCAGGCUGGAAGGGCCGGGCCCGUGGCCCCAGCGGCGCGGUGCGCACUCACGCGAGCCUCACCUUCUUCUGCCAGGCCGCGCGCCUGGGCGGCCUCUCGGGCGCCGAGCUGGAGCGCUCACUGCACAGACUGCACAAAGCAGGUGCGCGCAGCCCCUACUCCCAGAUACCUAACUUGGCCGGGCGGACACCCCCAGAAGACCGGACGCGGAACCGAGCCCCACUCCCCGACCUCCGACUUCCCAAGUCCUGCCAGCCCAGCCGCCACAAACUCGGGUCCACCCAGAGGUCCCUCAGCCUGGAGUUCGUGGGCCAGCCACUAGACUCUCUACGCCCCUGGAAGAUGGCUCCCUCCCCCCCAACUCUAGUGCAGCAGCAGCCCUUCUCCCCUUCGCCAGCCUGUUUGCCGAAACCUGCUAUGAAAAACGUGUACAAGUAAAGCGUUUGCGGAGCAAAA